GGCUUUCUUUCAAUUCCAUUUCCAGAUUUUAGGUUUUCUUUUCUUUCAACGCAGCACACAAUUUGUUGAGUGUGCCGAGCGACAAGACAACAAUGUCGUUUUUAAGGUACGCUGUUUCUGUUUCCAUUCCCAAUUCAAGAUCAUACUCUCACUGUCUCCAACAUUUCUAUAAUGAUGAUGAUGAUGAUGGUGAUGAUGAUGAUGAUGUUUCUUUGUUCAACCGAAUGCUCCAUAAGAAACCAACACCACGCGCCAUUAAAUUUGGCGAGAUUUUAGGUUCUCUUCUCAAAGCCAAACACUGCACCACAGUUGUUUCUCUUUCUCGACAAAUGGAAUUGAAUAGAGUUACUCCUGAUUUGGUAACUCACAACAUCCUCAUGAACUCUCUCUCUCAAUUGGGUCAUGUUACUUUUGCUUUUUCUGUAUUGACAAAGAUUCUCAAGAGAGGUUAUCGCCCAACUGUCAUAACCUUCAAUACACUCAUCAAGGCUCUCUAUCUCAAAGGUGAGCUCCAUAAAGCAUUGCAAUUUCAUGACAACUUGGUGGCACAGGGAUUUCACCUAGACCAUGUUAGUUACGGAACGUUGUUGAAUGGUUUAUGCAAAGCCGGACAAACAACGGCAGCCCUACAGUUGCUUAGACGAGUCGAUGGAAAAUUGGUUCAACUUGAUGUGAUAAUGUACGAUACAAUCAUUAAUAGUUUGUGCAGAGAUAAUCUUGUUAAUAAUGCAUUUGAUUUAUAUUCUGAAAUGGUUGCUAAGAAAAUUACUCCUGAUGUUUUCACUUACAAUGCUUUAAUGAGUGGCUUUUGCAUUGUUGGUAAAUUGGAAGAAGCAGUUUGUUUGUUUAAUAAAAUGACAUUGGAAAACGUCAGCCCGGAUGGGUAUACUUUUAAUAUAUUUGUGGAUGCUUUUUGUAAAGAAGGAAAGGUGAAAGAAGCGAAAAAUGUGUUAGCUCUGAUGAUUAGAAAAGAGAUUAAACUUGAUGUUGUUACUUAUAAUUCUUUAAUGGAUGGGUAUUGUCUUGUAAAUGAAGUGAACAAGGCCAAUGAUAUAUUCAACAUUAUGUUUAAAAGGGGAGUGACCGCUGAUGCUUGGAGCUACAAUAUCAUGAUUAAUGGAUUCCGUAAGAUUAAAAUGGUAGACGAAGCUAUAAGUCUCUUCAAAGAAAUGCAUUGCAGAAAAAUCAUUCCUAAUAUAGUAACUUACAAUUCUCUUAUUGAUGGCUUGUGCAAAUUGGGGAGAAUCUCAUAUGCUUUGGAGCUUGUCGAUGAGAUGCGUGAUAGAGGUCAACCACCAGAUAUAGUUACUUGGAAUUCUAUAUUAUAUGCUUUGUGCAAAAAUCAUGAUGUUGACAAGGCUAUUGCAUUAUUUAAAGAAUUUAAAGACAAAAGUAUUCAACCUAAUGUGUAUACAUACACUAUUCUUAUCGAUGGAUUGUGUAAAGGUGGAAGACUAAAGGAUGCGCGAAAGGUUUUCGAAGAACUUUUGGUCAAAGGCUACAAUCUUAGUGUCUAUACAUAUACUGUUAUGAUCCAUGGACUUUGUAACAAAGGCUUGUUUGAUGAAGCAUUGGCCAUGCUGUCAAAAAUGAAAGCUAGUAGUUGCAUUCCAAACGCUGUUACUUAUGAAAUAAUCAUCCGUUCCCUUUUUGAUAAAGACGAAAAUGAUAAGGCAGAGAAACUUCUUCGUGAAAUGAUUGCAAGAGGUCUAUUGUAAGGCUGAUACUAGGAUUGGAGAUUAACUGCAUGUACGGCGUUUGGCCAAGAUUUCAAUGUGCGGCAAAGGACUGUGUUCUAAAAUCUGAGUUUGAAGUUUAAUGUUUGAUUCUGAGUUCUUCCAUCUAUCGAACUCAGUUCUUGAUGUUGUAGUUACUUUGAGUUUGUUAUUCUUGCUGUGAACUCGUGUUCUGAGUUUGAUGGGUAGCCCUAAAUUUAGAGUGUGGCCAAGAUGGAUUGAUAUAUAGUUUCAGAACAGAAGGACUAGGUUGAAGAACAAGCAUUUGGAUAAAGACAAUAACAAUAUGAAACUAUCAAAGCUAGUAAGGAUGCACGUCAAGUCCAGAAUCAAAAACUUCAGACAGAUGUUUUCUUCUUACUUAUGAUCCAAUUGGAUGCUGCUCUAAAAUUUUGGUUUUCUUUUAGGUAAGAAAUUUGUUUCUAGUUUCCACCUCCGAUACGUCUCUUACAUCAGCUGAAGUUUGUGGUUUAUGUUCAAGGGAACAUAUAUUGUUUAGCACUAUCUUCUUUAUCUGAAUGCGACUAGACAAGGAAAUUGCACUUUAGAACAACGGCGGUGCUACUGUCAUAGUUUUGCAGUCAUAUGAAACAUGGAGCAGUAGUAUAAGAAAAAUGAUGUAAUUCAAAGAUAUUAUUGCAUCAUUAUAGUUACUUACUCGCCUUGCUUAAUGAGAAAAACGGUUUGCUGUUGUUUCUUUUGUUAAUCGUGCUUACCAAAAUCGUUAUUUGUCUUUCUCUUGAUGAGAUUAAAUUACCUCAUUUAUGGUACUAUAACAUUCAUGCACAUAGUUGUUAUAAUUGCACUUGCUACAGGAUUGGGGAAAAACUUCAAGUGUGACAAACCUGCGACAUAGACCUCCACCUAUGAGGAUCCUGCAGUGUAAACCUCCACUUGUGAGGACCUGCGCGAUUAAGUUUGAAGGAUUGCGGCCAAAACAGAUUGGUAUAUGGUUUCAGAAGGAUUGCAGCCAAAAUAGAUUGCACAAGAACUGUCUAAAAUCUUCGACUGAAGUGGUGAAUUACAGCAGAAAAUGGUGACACUGUGCUAAGGCCUUUCAGAAAAAGGGAUUUGAUAGCAUGUUAUAUAGAACCACCAGACCAAAGACAUUAUAAUUUUCUGUUUAAAAUUUCUAGUCAAAUGUUGAUGUAUUUUUGCUUCCCUGUAAUAAUAUAGUUUAACAUUGAUCGACUGUGCUAAAAAAGAAACACCUAGUAUCCUACUUUGUAUCAAAGCUUAUAGAGGUCAACACAGUCCCUCAAGAUUUUUCAUGAAAAACAUCCUUUGCAAGUGCAUAUGUUUAAGUACCAACUCCUUAAAUUCUGAAAGAACACUCUCACAAAUUAUGCCAUGCUUUCCACAUAGGACUCUAACAAAUUUGGAACAACAUCUUUGACAUCAGCAAGGUUGAUUUAAAGGACAAUUGCGUCUCUAUAUGAUCCAACG